GUUGUUGGUAGUAGCGGACUUGAGUUAGUCCAUAUUAUUUACUGCCAUUUAUUCAAUCAUCGGGCAACAUACGCAACAUUUGCCGCUACAGCAUGGCGACCCUGGAUCAGAAAUCACCCAACGUGCUUCUCCAGAGCCUCUGCUGCAGGAUCACGGGGAAAAGCGAAGCUGAAGUUGCCCACCAGUUCCAGUACGCAGUGCGAGUCAUUGGCAGUAAUUACGCCCCCACUAUUGAACGGGAUGAGUUCCUGGUGUCAGAGAAGAUCAAGAAAGAAUUGCUGAAGCAGAGGAGAGAAGCAGACGCUGCACUGUUCUCAGAGCUGCACAGAAAACUUCAGACACAGAGUGUUCUGAAGCAUCGCUGGUCUGUUCUCUACCUGCUGCUCAGCCUCUCUGAAGACCCCCGAAAACCCUCCAGCAGGGUUGGAAAUUAUGGAGCACUCUUUGCCCAGGCCCUCCCCAGAGACGCCCACUCCACCCCGUUCUACUGCACCCGGCCGCAGAGCCUCGCCCUGGGCUACGUGGAGAGGAGCGCCGGCCUGUCAGCCAGCGUGGGGACCAGCGGCAUCUCCAGUCUGGGCGUCUACACCCUGAACGGACCCACGCCAACGCCGCAGUCGCUGCUGGCUGGUCAACCCCCUCAGUCUGCAGCAGGAGCUGCUCAGCCUCUGGGCUCUCGGCUGGCCUGGGCUCUUCCUGUAAGCUGCUCUCCCUCCUCCGCUCUGGCCCCUCUCGCCACUCGACCACCUCUCGGACCUCCAAUUGGACCCCCAGUUCCCUCCUCCAGAGUGGUCCGUCCUCGCCCUGAUGGGGAGGUGAGCGAGGCGGCGCUGGUGCGGGACAUCCUCUACGUCUUCCAGGGAAUCGAUGGCAAGUUCAUCAAGAUGAGCGCCCAGGAUAACUGCUACAAAAUAGACAGCAAGGUGGUGCUGUGUAAGUCCCUGAGAGACACCAGCAGCAGACUGGCCGAGCUCGGCUGGCUCCACAACAAAGUCAGGAAGUACACCGACGCCAGGAGCCUGGACCGGGCCUUCGGACUGGUCGGACAGAGCUUCUGCGCCUCCCUCCACCAGGAGCUGAAGGAGUAUUACAGGCUGCUGUCGGUCCUCCACUCCCAGUUGCAGGUGGAGGAUGAGCAGGGUGUGACCGUGUGCACAGAGAGCACUCUGACUCUCAGAAGGCUCCUGGUCUGGAUGUACGACCCCAAAGUCCGACUCAAAACGCUGGCCGCCCUCGUCGACUUCUGCCAAGGUCGGAAAGGAGGCGAGCUGGCCUCGGCCGUCCACUCUUACGGGGAAUACGGGAAAACGGGCGACCCGCAGAUGAGAGCGCUGGUUCAACACAUCCUCAGCCUGGUGUCACACCCCAUCCUCAACUUCCUCUACAGGUGGAUCUAUGAUGGAGAGCUAGAAGACACCUACCACGAGUUCUUUGUAGCAUCAGAUCCCAACGUGAAGACAGAUCGUCUGUGGCACGACAAGUACUCCCUCAGGAAGUCAAUGAUCCCCUCCUUCAUCACCAUGGAUCAGGCCCGCAAGGUGCUGCUGAUCGGUAAAUCCAUCAACUUCCUGCAUCAAGUUUGUCACGACAGAACACCGCCGGGCAAAAUGACACCAGCGUCCACGUCUGCAGAUACACCCAAAGAUGCUGCAGAGCUGCUGUCGGACCUGGGGGCGUUUCAGGAGAAGAUCGACGCCGCCUACUUUGACACCAGCAAAUACCUGCUGGACGUCCUCAACCGCAACUACCUGCUGCUGGAGCAUCUGCAGGCCAUGAGGAGAUACCUGCUGCUGGGCCAGGGAGACUUCAUCAGACACCUCAUGGACCUGCUCAAACCAGAGUUGGUGCGUCCUGCCACCACUUUGUAUCAACACAACCUUACUGGUAUCUUAGAGACGGCAGUCAGAGCCACAAACGCCCAGUUUGACAACGCAGAGAUCCUCAAGAGGCUGGAUGUUCGCCUGCUAGAGGUGUCUCCAGGUGAUACUGGCUGGGAUGUUUUCAGUCUGGACUACCACGUUGAUGGACCCAUUGCUACGGUGUUCACGAGGGAGUGUAUGGGCCACUACCUGCGCGUCUUUAAUUUCCUGUGGCGGGCAAAGAGGAUGGAGUACACACUGACUGACAUCUGGAAGGGACAAAUGUGUAAUGCAAAGCUGCUCAAAACCAUGCCUGAGUUGUCCGGUGUGCUGCAUCAGUGUCACAUCCUGGCCUCCGAGAUGGUCCACUUCAUCCACCAAAUGCAGUACUACAUCACCUUCGAGGUGCUUGAGUGCUCUUGGGACGAGCUGUGGAACAAAGUGCAGCAGGCUCAGGACCUCGACCACAUCAUCGCUGCCCACGACGUCUUCCUUGACAGCGUCAUUUCGAGGUGCCUGCUGGACAAUAACAGCAGGUCUCUUUUGACCCAGCUGAGGGCCAUAUUCGACCAGAUCAUUGAGUUCCAGAGCGCACAGGACUCCCUCUACCGCUCGGCCCUGGAAGAACUCACCCUCCGACUACAGUUUGAAGAGAAGAAGCAACAGAGAGAGGAGGAGGGUCAGUGGGGAGUGACGGCCGAACAGGAAGCAGAGGAGAAGAAGAGGAUUCAGAAGUUUCAGAAAACCAUACCAAACAUGCACUCGCAGCUCCGCAUCCUCACACACUUCUACCAGACCAUCGUUCAGCAGUUCCUGGUGUUGCUGAUGACCAGUUCGGAUGAGAGUCUUCGUUUCCUCAGCUUCAGACUGGACUUCAAUGAACACUACAGGGCCAGAGAGCCGAGGCUUCGAGCCUCACUAGGCGCCACCCGCGGGCGGCGACCAUCAAAUAUGUGACAUGACGUUGAUGGCAUCGACAGGCGACGCAUCCGGUCGUUGGAGCAUGGCGUAUGACAUCACAGUGUGCACUCACAGAGACGGGCCGGCCAGCAGACUUGAAGCGCUUCAUGUCGGGAUGAUGUCAUGCCUUGGAGGAGAGAUCCAGCACUGCUCUGGCGUUACAGCAGCGGCAGCUGUCGCCAAGUGAUGACAUCACGCAGACAGCUCUGGCGAAGUCGGCUGCGUGGGAUCACAAAGGAAUAAAGUCCAGUCAAUCGAAACUUUCAGAGCUUGUCGUGAUGUGCUGAGUAAACACCCAAAACAGACUGCUUGAAAUUCUGCAAGAAAUCUGCAAAACAUGAGGUCAAUUUGGGAAAACAGAGUGAGGAGGUAAAUAAAAGCAGCUGUCAGACUGAGCUCCCCGAGUCACAUGGCAUGCCUUAUUAAUGAGAGAAAAACUCUUUUUUCUCAGCGUGGUUGCCAAAUCAAGUCCCAACACACACAAUGUAUGUACAUAGAGUUUAUGCAAAAAUGUAUGUUUGUGUAUAUAUGCAUCUUCACACGUCAACACUUGUGGCUUCGCAUCUUCUCACUAGAGUUCAACCGAUACUGGUGUGAUAUUGAUACUUUUUUCAAUUUUGUAUUUGUAGCAGUUAUUAAAAUGAUUAAAUCUGAGCAUUUUAGGAACAAUUAUUCCGUCAGUGAACAUGUUUCUACUGGAUACUUGUUCUUGUUAUGAUGGAAACAAACAGGAGUGCAUUCAUGUUCCCAGGGUCAUAUGUUCCUAAAGUCCUAUGUUCCCACGGUUCUAUGUUGUCAGGGUCCUAAAUUCCCAGGAUUUUAUCUUCCCAGGGUCCUAUGUUUUACGGGUCUGCAGUUCCCAAAGUUUUAUGUUCUCGAAAUCCUAAAUUCCCUGGGUCAAUAUUCUGUCGGCACAAAUCAAUCCUGCUGUUGUGUUUUGGUCAAAUUUGACCGUUUUCAAGUUAAAAUAUUUCAGAAAUAAACUAACCUGACCCCAAAUCUCUUCCCUAAUUGUAACCUGUUUGGAAAAUGCAAUAAUCAACUACUAUCUAUUUUUUGACCCUAAAAUGUUUAAAAAUGAAUGUUCUUUUUUAUGUUUUGUUUGUUUGGUUAAGUAAGUUAUUGAUUAAUUCAUAUUAUUUUAAAUUUAGGGCUGAAAAAUCUUUGGAGAGUAACUUUUGAGGUGCCCCAGUAGCUCUAAGGCAGGGGUGGAAGAAAAUAUCGGUACAGCAUCAUUUUGCAAUAAUUUGUGUGGCAAUACUGUAUCAAAACACAGACACCAACUAUUAAGUUUUUAAUCAUAUAACCUAAUAUUGCAAAUACAAAAGACACUUUGGUAGCCCUUCAGAAUAACAAAAUCAAUUGCUUUUUCAGUCUGCUAAAUACAUUUUGCUGCAAGAAAAAUGACUGAAGAAACUUCAUCUGUAAAACUUCACAUUACAUAAAACGCAGGUUGACUUUUUCCUUUGAGGGUAUCAUUUUGCAUUGUAAAAAGGCAUUAAAUUACAACGUAUGUUAUUGCAAUACUGUAUUGUGACUUAAAUACUCUGAUGAUAUUGUAUCAUGGGGCCGGAGUCUAGUAUAAU